GCGAUCAAGCUACACAAAGCCUAGCUCAAUACAAAUCCAGAAAAACUCACCCAAAUGCAUUCAAAUUGAAGCGAAAACGAGGGAAAGGAAGAUUUUUGGGAGGAACCCAGGAAAUCGAAGCUGGGAACAAUCCAACCCAACAACUCAUUGCACUCGAUUUCUCUGCAAUUCGUCGACUUUGCUAAGUGAUAUUAUUCCUGGUUCGUGUUGUUCCAAAGAAGCGUGGGGUUGAUUAUUUAAAUUUGGUCAUUUGAAGUUUAGGGUUUUGAUUUGUUGUGCCUUUCUUUGAAUUUGGGUUACUCUGAGGUUUCCUGAAUAAGCAGUGGAUUGAGUUUGAUCUCUAGGGUUUUGGUUUUCUGAAGAUGAGAUUUGGGUAUGCAUUGUAUGGUUUCUGGAUGGGCCAAUUUAGGGAUAUUUGGAAACAGAAAUAGCUGUAUUCUGUUUGGAAGAUUGGAACUUUGUGGUGUUUAUGGGAUUUGGUUUUUACUGUUUGAAUCUCAAUUAUGCAAAGGUUGAGAGUUUGAUUUAAAUUGGAUGGUAUGUGGAUUAGUAGAUUUGGAGUUUUUUGGUGGUGCUGAUCACAGCAGUUUGGAGCAUUCUUGGGAGUUGGGAUUUCAGGGGUGCUAUGAUUCUGUGAAUGGUGUAGGGAUCUGUUUAUUGAGAAAUGCAAUCUCAGCAGGGCUCCAGAAUUGAUUUAGGUGACUUGAAAGCUCACAUAGUGAAGAAGAUUGGAGCUGAUACAUCCAAGAAGUACUUCUAUUAUUUGAGCAGGUUUUUAAGUCAGAAGCUUAGUAAGAGUGAUUUUGAUAGGUUAUGUUAUCGCAUCCUUGGAAGGGAAAAUCUCCCACUGCAUAAUCGGUUGAUACACUCAAUCUUGAAGAAUGCUUUUCUAGCUAAAACCCCACCACCAAUUCAUGAUGCGGGUCCCGCAAAAUCUUUGCCACAAACUGCAAAAAGUUCUCCAGGUAGAGAAGAUGGACAUGAACAAGCUGGCUCUCUCAUCCCCAGUCAGAAUCAAAAUCUACCUGUUUGGUCAAAUGGUGUUUUGCCUGUGUCCCCACGGAAGCUUAGGUCUGGUGUGCGGAAGCUUAAGGAUAGGCCUAGUCCACUCGGUCCAAAUGGGAAGGUUGAAAGUGUCUCUCACCAAGCAAUGGGUGCAGAAGACAAUGGUAAUAAAAUGAUUGGGGAAAAUGGGGCUAUGACACCAUAUGAUUAUCAGAGACCAAUGCAGCAUCUUCUAUCUGUUGUUGAGCAGCCUGAAAUUGAAAGGGAGGGGUCGGUACAACAAACAGAAAAGCAGAGAUUACCUAGCAAAGAUCAUCCUGAAGGAACUGACAUUCAAGUGGGGGUGGAGAUGGAGCAAAUUAACCAGUUUAAUCUUUCUAGAAGUCCUUUGCUUGCACCACUUGGGAUUCCUUUAUGUUCAGCAAGUGUAGGUGGGUCCCGCAAGGCCAUGCCUGUUGCAAGCAGUGGUGAUUUUGUCAACUUUUAUGACAGUGGUGGAUUGUUUGAUACAGAGACUUUGAGGAAACGUAUGGAGCAGAUAGCAGCAGUACAGGCUCUUGGAGGGGUUUCAAUGGAAUGUGCUAAUAUUUUGAAUAAUAUGUUGGAUGUAUACUUGAAGAGAUUGGUCAGGUCAUGUGUUGAGUUGGUGGGAUCAAGGUCUAAUCAUGAGCCAAGAAAGUACCCUGCACACAAGCAGCAGCUUCAAGGGAAGGUUGUAAAUGGUAUGUGGCCAAAUAAUCACUUGCAUAUGCAGAGUAAUGGUGGCCAUGUGGAAGUUAUGCAGGAACAAAGGCCACGGUGCCCAAUCUCGAUGCUUGAUUUCAAAGUUGCCAUGGAGCUAAAUCCUCAGCAGCUUGGUGAAGAUUGGCCAUUGAUGAUGGAAAAAAUUUGCAUGCAGUCUUUUGAGGAAUGAAAGGUUCUAUAAAGAUUUGAUUCUCCCAAAGCUUUUGUUGGCUCAGUCUAUUCUGGUUCAGAGUGCUGCAAAACUGUUGCUGGAAUUUGUGAUGCACCAAUUCUUUUCUAUUUCUAGAAUGAACCAGAUGGCUGCCACUCAGAUAGAGCUCCGGGCCUUGCAAGAUGGAAAAAUGGGUCUGAGCAUCAAGGUGUCUGUACUCUCCUGCUGCAUAGCCCAGAUGGAUCGGAGAACUAUACUACAGCAACCAAGCAAGGGCACUGUCAAAUAAAAUGCCCACAACUGGUUGUUCUGUUGUAAGAUUAGUCCUGAUAUUGGCUGCCUUAUGCCAUCACUUCAGAUCUCGAGCAUUUCUUGCAUUUGCAGCCAAUGAGGAGGAAAUCUAAAACAAGUUUUGCAAGGAUACUGUUUUUGUAGCUUGGUAAAAGGUAAAAUUACUCGUGUAAGAGCUGCAGCUUUGCUCUGUAUGUAACUUUAGAAAUCUAAGAAUUGAUUGGAAUUCCAAUAGCAAUAACAAAUUCACAUCCACUAAAUAUACAUUGGUGGUUUGU